AUGUCCAAAAAACCGUCUCGAAGUCAUCAUGCCCUAUCUUUAACCGGAGGAACUGCUGCCUCUAAACUUGUGUUUGUGUUCUCACAAAUUACCCGCUUGGUGCAUGCCAUGCCUGUCGGGUCCGUCCAUUCUUCGAAGAAACCUGAACAUUUGACCACCGAAGAAUUCUACAUCAAUUUAUUCACGUCUGCGUUUCUUGUGCUUGCCGGUGGUGUUUUCGCCGGUCUUACCUUGGGUCUUAUGGGUCAGGAUGAGGUUUACUUGAAGGUUAUUGCUCAUUCAGGCGAGCCUCAGGAGAGAAAGUACGCUCGCAAGGUCUUGAGACUUAUUGGUCGUGGUAAGCACUGGGUGCUUGUCACACUUUUGCUCUCCAAUGUCAUAACCAAUGAGACGUUGCCCAUUGUUCUUGAUCGUUGUUUAGGAGGUGGAUGGCCAGCUGUGGUGACUUCUACGGCGUCCAUUGUGAUUUUCGGAGAAAUCAUUCCCCAGUCCAUCUGCGUGAGAUAUGGCUUGCAAGUCGGUGCCAUUUUCGCUCCUUUCGUGUUGGUUUUGAUGUACAUCAUGUACCCGGUGGCUUACCCAUGUGCCAUGCUCUUGGACCAUAUUUUGGGUGAGGACCAUGGUACCGUAUACAAGAAGUCUGGAUUGAAGACCUUGGUCACUUUGCACAAGACCAUGGGUGUGGAGAGAUUGAAUCAAGACGAGGUCACCAUUAUUUCUGCCGUUUUGGACUUGAAGGAGAAGUCCGUUUCCCAUAUCAUGACACCAAUGGAUAGAGUUUACACAAUGUCGUCUGAUCUGAUAUUGGACGAGAAAACCGUGGAAGAGAUCUUUAACGCAGGCUUUUCUCGUAUCCCCAUUCAUUUGCCAAACGAGCCCCUUAAUUUUAUUGGUAUGCUUCUCGUACGUGUGUUGAUUAGUUACGACCCUGAAGACGCAUUGCCUGUCGCACUGUUCCCAUUGGCUACUUUACCAGAAACUUCCGCAGAUACCUCGUGUUUAAACAUCUUGAACUACUUUCAGGAGGGUAAGUCCCAUAUGAUUGUGGUGAGUGAAACUCCUGGCGAGCCUACUGGAGCAUUGGGUGUUCUUACUUUGGAAGAUGUCAUCGAAGAAUUGAUUGGUGAAGAGAUCGUGGACGAGUCGGAUGUCUACAUCGAUAUCAACAACAAUAUCAAGAGAAAACACCCGGGUCCCCUUCUGAAGCGCAACUUGACCGCGUACUUGCAUAAUCUCUAUCAACAAUCGGCCAAUAAUUCCAAGAGAAACUCCAUCGACAGUUCUGCACCCACUGGAGGCACUAGUGCUCCUUCUGGAGGUGCUGUGAUUAUCGGUCAGAAGCCACUUAUAAAGCCAGCACAUCACGAUUCGUCUCCAAAUAGAACCAAGGGCAUGGGACUGCCGUUCCUUGCACCUUUGAACCCUGCUGCCAACCCAUUGGAAACGUCAAAGUCAUUUGUUACCAUCAAGAGACCAACUCCCGCAGACAUUGCUGCACGGGCACACCUUUCUACAAGUGCUGACCGUGGGGGAUCGAUUCCUCAAGUUGGAACCGAGGAAGGAGUCUAUCCUACUGAGGACGCCGCCUUGGAGGAGGGGAGACAAAUGCUCUCGGACGACAACCUGAAUGGAGCCCAUAGCCAUAGUAAACUGCCGCACAGUGAUUCUUCCAGAGGGGUGGAAACCGAUGUUACCGAGAUCAAUGGAAAUGGAAACGGCAGCAACAGCAACGGUCAUGGAUACACAAUAAAGCAGAGUGGUCGCCGUACACUGUUGUCCCAUUCAGAUCCGAUUUCCAUCACUGAAUUUCUGGAGUCCAGGUCGUACCGUACUGGUGGUAUUGUGGAGUCGGUUGUCAAUGUGCAAGGAGUCCACAAGACUAUUAUUGAGGACUUUACCGAGGACGAAAAUUCUGAUGUUGAGUAUGGCAGUUACGGGUCUCGUUCCAACAAGCGGUCCAACACAGGAAGCGAGGAGACUCAGCGUCUCAUAAAUUUUUAA